AUGUCUGGGCGCGGAAAGCAAGGAGGCAAGGCCCGCGCUAAGGCCAAGACCCGGUCUUCACGGGCUGGACUGCAGUUCCCUGUUGGUCGUGUCCAUCGCUUGCUUCGCAAGGGCAACUACGCCGAGCGAGUUGGUGCUGGAGCUCCGGUCUACCUCGCUGCAGUGCUGGAGUACCUCACCGCUGAGAUCUUGGAGUUGGCCGGGAAUGCAGCUCGGGACAACAAGAAAACUCGCAUCAUUCCCCGACACUUGCAGCUGGCCAUCCGCAAUGACGAGGAGCUUAACAAACUACUUGGCAAAGUGACCAUUGCUCAGGGCGGCGUCCUGCCCAAUAUUCAGGCCGUGCUGCUGCCCAAGAAGACCGAGAGCCACCACAAGGCUAAGGGAAAGUAA